AAAUAAGCUUCCACAGUUCCACUCCUGCAAGCCUGGCCUUCAACUUCAUUAAAAAAAAAAAUCCUUCAAGUUUUAUUUGGCGAAAUUGAAGCUGUAGAUCAAGUUUGAGAUUCACGAAGGAGAAGAAGAGGAAGAUGGUGGCUACGCGGCGGCCGCAGUUCGUGCUGUUUGGAUCAUCCAUUGUUCAGAUGAGCUUCAAUGUUGGAGGCUGGGGUGCUAUUUUUGCUGACCUUUACGCCCGAAAGGCGGAUGUGUUACUACGAGGAUACAAUGGUUGGAACACGGGAAUGGCUCUCCAGGUCUUGGACAAGGUCUUCCCCAAGGACGAACUUGUUCAGCCCUCUUUGGUUAUACUUUAUUUUGGCGGUAAUGAUUCAACUAACCCUCACCCAAGUGGCCUCGGUGCUCAUGUGCCUCUUCCCGAAUAUAUUGAAAACAUGAAAAAGGUGAUAGCUCAUAUCAAGAGUCUUUCAAAUGAGACAAGGAUAAUAUGUCUUACUUCUCCUCCCGUCAACGAAGCAAGAAUUCGUGAAGUUUUCGGGAAUGAAUUAGAUGAUCAAGAGCGGACAAAUGAAGGUUGCCGUAUAUAUUCAGAAAAACUAGUGGAGUUAUGCAAAGAAAUGGAUGUUGAGGUCAUCAAUCUUUGGACUGCAAUUCAAGAAAGAGAUGACUGGGCUGAUUCUUGCUUUACUCUAUUUUCGGGUUGUAUGUGCAGAGAUGGAAUCCAUUUGUCGGCUGAAGGUUCCGAAACUGUGGUGAGGGAAAUAUUGAAGGUGCUCAAAAGAGUAGAUUGGGAGCCAAGCCUCUACUGGCUUAAAAUGGCACCUGAUUUUGCUUACGAUUCGCCAUAUUAUGUCGUUGGCCCUGAUGGUAAAACUACUGUAAAUUUGAGCAACCGCAUUGGUACUUGGAAAACGAGGUGGCUCGACAUUUGGCUGUCAAUGGCGGCCGGGUUUUCAGACGAUUCGCCUUAUUACAGCGUUGCUUCUGACGGAAAAACUUCCGUUAACGUCUCAGACACCAUUGCUCAAUGGGAAAUUUAGUUGACGGAGUUGAAGCUGAGGCCUCAAACUGUUCAGUUUCAGCUCCAUAUUGAAUGAAGUGAUGAUGCAGAAAUUUGCUGUACUUUUUAGGUCAUUGCUUUUUUGUUUUAUCAUAGGUUUCAUUUUGAAUUUUUGAGGGAUAUAUGUUGAUGCAAUUCAAUUAUAACAUGUAUUGAUCAAUGAAUGGGUGCCUUUGUAGUUGAAUGAAUUUUGAGACUUUAAUUAAAAUAAAAUAAGUAACAGUAAUUUGUGGAUUCCACUACAAAAUGUCAA